AUGAUGGACAAUCAGACAGCAAUGACCAUUUUCCUUCUGUGGGGAUUCUCCAGUUUCCCAAACCUACAACAUGUCCUCUUUGUGGUGAUUUUCUUCUCUCAUUUGGCCAUCCUAGCUGCAAAUGGAUCAAUAAUGAUGGCCAUCAAGCUCAGUCGGAAUCUUCACACUCCCAUGUACUUUUUCCUCUGUGGCCUAUCCUUUUCAGAAACCUGUGCCACUAUGGUAAUCAUCCCUCGCAUGCUAGUGGACUUGCUGUCACACAGCAAAACCAUUUCUCUUCCUGAGUGUGCCACACAAUUGUUUUUCUUUUUUGGUUUGGCAGCUAACAACUGCUUCAUCAUGGCCGCCAUGUCCUAUGAUCGCUACACUGCCAUCCACAACCCACUGAACUAUCAUAUGCUGAUAACUCGCAGCAUCUGUUGUCAGAUGAUGAUCGCCUCUUUGACGGUUGGGUUCUUGGUUUCUCUAGGCAUCGUCUCCACUAUAUUCAGCUUGUCCUUUUGUGAUUCCAAAACUAUCCAACACUUCUUCUGUGACAUCUCACCUGUAGUACUUCUUGCUUGUGAUUACACUUUUAUCCAUGAAAUGAUAAUUUUUGUGUUCUUUUUCUUUGUGCUAGUGGGCAGCUUUGUUUUGAUUAUGAUUUCCUAUGUGUUUAUUUUGUCUGUAAUUAUAAAAAUGCCUUCUGCAAAAAGUAGGUAUAAGGCCUUCUCAACUUGCUCUUCCCACCUCUCUGUAGUCUCCAUACACUAUGGAUUUGCUUCCUUUGUAUAUUUGAAGCCCAAAAACAGUGAAUUACUUCAUGAAGAUAUGCUGAUAUCUGUUACAUAUACAGUACUGACACCUCUGCUUAACCCCAUUGUUUAUAGUCUACGAAACAAAGAAAUGCAAAUAGCAUUAAAGAAAGUAUUAGGCCAUGUAAAUAGGUCUAUUCCUCUUUUACAAAGAGGCAACAAAUAA